GAAAACACACCCAAAGCCGAACCCCGUUUAUUCCUCAAUUGACGACCGGGACCCCCAUCGUUGAUCCUUGUUCCUACUCUUACAUCUUGCAGGAUAUAGCGUUUGAUGUUUCUUCUUCUUCUUCUUCUUCUUCUUCUUCAAUACACUUCGAAUUCCGCACCAAUUUGCGAGACAGCAUUUUCAUUGUAUGUUAGCUGAGCUUGCUAUGGGAGAGCUGGGCAGGUGUUGACACUUGGAAAGCCUUUGAUUUUAUUCUGGAUAAGUUGCACGAGGAGGCUGCAAGGGGCAUUCUCAAGUGUAAUAUUGGUUCAAAUGUCAAAAUAUUCCUUCCUUGACGCACCAGGGAAUUCUGCUCCAGUAAACAGGAUAUCGAAUGAAAGCAAUAAUAUGGAUGAUGCUGAAAGUACAAUGUCCAUGGUUGCUCAAUUUAUUGAGCAGCUUCAUGGAAACAUGUCCUCGCCACAAGAAAAAGAACUUACUACGGCACGAUUACUUGGUAUUUCUAAAGCACAAAAGGAAGCACGCUCUAUCAUAGGUUCACAUCCUCAAGCAAUGCCAUUGUUCAUAUCCAUUCUUAGAAAUGGUAGCCUCUUGGCAAAAGUAAAUGUUGCUGCAACAUUAACUGCUCUGUGUAAAGAUGAAGACUUGCGAUUGAAGGUUCUUCUAGGUGGAUGCAUCCCACCAUUACUCUCGCUUCUGAAAACAGAGUCAAUUGAGGCCAAGAAGGCAGCAGCUGAAGUCAUCUAUGAAGUUUCUUCUGGUGGACUAUCGGAUGACCAUGUGGGUAUGAAGAUAUUUGUUACAGAAGGUGUAGUUCCGACUUUAUGGGAACAGCUAAAUUCCAAGAACAGACAGGACAAAGUGGUUGUAGGCUUUGUCACUGGGGCUCUCAGAAAUCUUUGUGGCGACAAAGAUGGAUACUGGAGAGCUACUCUUGAGGCCGGUGGAGUAGACAUUAUUGUUAGGCUGCUUUCUUCUGACAAUGCGGCUGUUCAGUCAAAUGCUGCUUCUCUUUUGGCUCGUUUGAUGCUGGCUUUCGACAAUAGCAUGCCAAAAAUUAUGGAUUCUGGAGCAAUUGAGGCUUUACUUGGACUCUUGAGUAAAAAAAAUGAUAUCCCUGUCAGAUGUAGUGCUGCUGAUGCUCUGGAGGCUCUCUCUUCAAGGUCAACCAAGGGUAAGGAAGCUAUUGUUGAUUCAAAUGGUGUUACAAUUCUCAUUGGUGCUGUAGUUGCUCCAUCAAAAGAGUGUAUGCAGGGAGAGGGAGGCCAAUUUCUCCAGGGACAUGCUACGCGUGCAUUGGCAAACAUACGGGGGGGAAUGUCUGCUCUUAUUCUACACCUAGGAGAGCUUGCUCAGUCGCCAAGCUUGUUUGCUCCUGUUGCUGAUAUAAUUGGAGCACUUGCUUACACACUGAUGAUCUUUGAACAGAAUGUAAAUCCAGAAGAUGAACCAUUUGAUGCAAUAAAAAUAGAAAAUAUUUUAGUGGCACUUUUGAAACCUCGAGACGAUAAUUUGGUUCAGGAUCGUAUUCUCGAGGCAAUGGCUAGCCUGUAUGGCAAUGAUUGCCUCUCCAGAAGACUUGACCAAUCAGAAGCCAAGAAGGUGCUUAUUGGGCUUAUCACUAUGGCAUCAUCUGAUAUGCAAGAGUAUCUGAUAUACUCUAUGAUAAGCUUAUGCUGUGAAGGAGUGGACAUCUGGGAAGCCAUUGGAAAGAGAGAAGGAAUCCAAUUACUUAUCUCUUUUCUGGGUUUAUCCAGUGAAGAACAUCAGGAGUAUGCUGUUUGGUUGCUUGCAGUCCUGACCGACCAAAUAGAUGACAGCAAGUGGGCAAUUACUGCUGCUGGUGGUAUUCCGCCGCUUGUACAAUUAUUAGAAAUGGGAUCCCAGAAAGCAAAGGAAGAUGCAGCUUAUGUUCUUUGGAACUUGUGCUGUCAUAGUGAAGAUAUUUGUGCCUGUGUCAAAAGUGCAGAAGCUGUUCCUGCUUUCUUGUGGUUCUUAAGGAAUGGUGGAUCAAAGGGACAAGAAGCCUCCUCUAAGGCACUCAAAAAGCUUAUCCGAAAGGCUGAUGCUGCCUCUAUUAAUCAGCUACUAGCCCUGCUUUUGGGAGACUCUCCAAAAUCAAAGGCCCACAUAAUUGAAGUACUGGGUCAUGUGCUUACUAUGGCAUCCCACAGUGAUCUUGUGCAAAAGGGAUCGGAAGCUUAUAAAGGGUUGAGAUCUCUUAUCCAGGUUCUUAAUUCUUCAAGUCAGGAAGCUCAACAGCAUGCAGCUUCGGUCCUGGCUGACCUCUUUAGCAAUCGUCAAGACAUAUGUGAUAGUCUUGCAACUGAUGAAGUGGUGCAUCCUUGCAUGAAGCUCUUGACAAGCAACACCCAGAUUAUUGCCACACAGUCAGCUCGGGCAUUGGGUGCUUUGUCUCGCCCAACUAACACCAACUCCAAGAAUAAAAUGCCUUAUAUUGCAGAGGGGGAUGUAAAGCCUCUGAUCAAGUUGGCCAAAACAUCUUCCAUUGAUGCUGCAGAGACUGCUGUGUCUGCGUUGGCCAAUCUUUUGUCUGAUUCACAGAUUGCUGCAGAGGCAUUGACAGAAGACGUGGUAUCUGCUUUGACAAGAGUGUUGGGAGAAGGAAGUUCGAAAGGCAAGAAAGGUGCAUCUCGUGCGCUUCUUCACUUACUCAAACAUUUCCCACUAAGUGAUGUUCUCACUAGCAGUAGUCAAUGUCGAUCUGCGAUUCUUGCUAUUGUUGAGUCCUUGAAUGGAGUGGAUAUGGAUGGGACUGAUGCAGCUGAAGCUUUAGAAGUAGUUUCUUUAUUGGCUAGGACAAAGCAAACGUUGAAUGCAACAUACUCCCCAUGGUCUACUCUUGCUGAAGUUAUCUCAAGCUUGCAGCCUCUUGUGUAUUAUUUAGCUGAGGGAUCUCCUAUGGUGCAAGAUAAGGCCAUUGAAAUUCUAGCCAGGCUUUGUGGAGACCAACCAGUUGUCUUAGGUGACUUGUUGGCUGCAAAUAUAAGAACAAUCGGCGCAUUGGGUAACAGGAUACUGAAAUCUACCAGUCUAGAAGUGAGAGUUGGGGCAACUGCAUUGCUCGUCUGUGCUUCAAAGGAGAAUAGAAAGCAAACCAUAGCAUCACUUGAUACAUCAGGGUACUUAAAACCUGUUAUAUAUGGAUUGGUAGAUAUUAUAAAACAAAAUUCUGGUUGUUACUCUCUUGAAGCCGACGUCCGAACUUCAAGGGAUUUUGCCAACAGAACAGCUUUUCACGAAGGGGGUGAGUUUAAUGUGCCUGAUCCAGGCUCUCUCUUGGGAAGUACAGCUGCCAUGUGGUUGUUGUCAAUUCUUUCUUCAGUCGGUGAGAAGAACAAGCAUUCUGUAGUAGAAGCUGGGGGACUUGAGGUCCUCUCAAAGAAGCUUUCAAGAUAUACAUCAAAUUCACAGGCAGAGUUUGAGGAUGCAGAGGGCAUAUGGAUAAGUGCUUUACUAGUGGCUAUACUGUUUCAAGAUGAAAAUGUGGCUUUGUCAACACUAACCAUGCAUAUCAUUCCAUCCUUAGCAAAUUUGCUGAAGUCUGAAGAAAUUUUUGACAAGUUCUUCUGUGCCCAGGCUAUGGCUAGCCUUGUAUGUAAAGGAAAUAAAGAAGUAAAUCUUGCAGUUGCAAAUUCUGGUGCAGUUGCUGGUUUAACAACACUGAUUGGUUACGUAGAAGCAGAUAUGCCCAACCUUGUUGCUAUAUCUGACGAAUUCUCAUUGGUGCGUAAUCCUGAUCAGAUUGUUUUGAAGCAUCUCUUUGCAAUUGAAGAAGUAAGAAAUGGAUCAACAGCUUGCAAAACUAUUCCACUAUUGGUGGAUCUUUUGAGACCAAUGCCAGACAGGCCAGGUGCUCCUCCUUUUGCUAUUUGCCUUUUGACUUCCAUUGCAGACGGAAGUGAUGCGAACAAGCUUCUUAUGGCUGAAGCUGGAGCCUUGGACAGUUUGACAAAGUAUUUAUCUUUAAGCCCUCAAGACUUAACUGAGGCCACUAUUUGUGAACUCAUGAGAGUAUUGUAUAGCAAUCCUGCUCUUCUGCGAUACAAAUCAGCAGUUAAUUCCUUAAGUCAACUUAUAGCUGUUCUCCGUUUGGGAUCAAAAGUUUCUAGAUUGAGUGCUGCUAGAGCUCUCCAUCAGUUGUUUGAUGCUGAGGACAUAAGGGAAUCUGAAUCAGCUGUGCAUGCACUUCAGCCCUUGAUUGAUAUGCUAAAUGCAGCAUCUGAGGGUGAGCAAGAAGCUGCUCUUCUUGUGUUGAUCAAGUUGACUUCAACAGACACUGCAAAAGCUGCUAAAGUUCUUGAUGUGAAAGGAAAUCCCCUUGAGAGUUCAUUUAGAAUUUUAUCCUCCAGUUCUUUAGUAUUGAAGAGCCAUGCCGCACAGUUCUGCUCCGUGCUUUUUGGUAAUUCCAGAGUCCGAGCACUGCCAAUUGCUUCUAGGUGCAUUGAACCUCUUGUACUGCUGAUGCAAUCUGAAGCUCCUUCAGCAGUGGAGUCUGGUCUUUGUGCUUUUGAAAAACUGUUGGAUGAUGAACAAGCAGCGAGCCUUGCAGCAGAUUAUGAUGUUAUAGAUCUUCUUGUUGGUUUGAUUUGCGGAUCAAAUCAUGUGCUUAUUGAGGCCAGUAUUGCCACACUUAUUAAGCUUGGCAAAGACCGGACUCCCCGCAAGUUAGAUAUGGUUAAUGCUGGUGUCAUUGAUAAUUGUCUUGCACUGCUCCCAAGUGCCCCAAGUGCCUUGUGCUCCUCAAUUUCUGAACUCUUCAGGAUUUUGACAAACAGUAGUGCAAUUUCUAAAAGCGCAACUGCUGCUAAACUUGUAGAACCUCUUUUCAUGGUUUUACUUCGUCCUGAUUUUUGUCUCUGGGGACAACACAGUGCCCUACAAACACUUGUUAAUGUAUUGGAGAAACCACAAACCCUUGCAACUCAAAAACUUACUCCCACCCAAGUAAUUGAGCCAUUAAUUUCAUUUCUUGAAUCACCAUCUCAGGCUAUUCAACAACUUGGUACUGAGUUGCUGACUCAUUUGCUUGCCCAGGAGCACUUCCAGCAAGAUAUAACUACACAAAGUGCAGUUGUGCCCCUUGUGCAGCUUGCUGGGAUUGGAAUAUUGAAUUUACAGCAAACAGCGAUGAAGGCAUUGGAAAGUAUCUCACUAAGCUGGCCAAAUGCAGUUGCUGAUGCUGGUGGCAUUUAUGAGCUUGCAAAAGUUAUUAUUCAGGAUGAUCCCCAACCAUCCCAUGCAUUGUGGGAAUCAGCUGCAUCGGUUCUUUCAAAUGUUCUACGGUUUGAUGCUGACUACUACUUCAGAGUUCCUCUGGUUGUGCUUGUGAAGAUGUUGAACUCAAAUGUAGAGUCCACCGUCGCCGUUGCUCUUGAUGCACUGAUUUUUCAGGAAAAGAGUGACGCAUCAGGCGCAAAACAGAUGAGUGAAGCUGGUGCCAUAGAUGCUUUGCUUGACCUACUAAGAUCUCACCAAUGUGAGGAAGCAUCAGGAAGACUACUUGAAGCCUUGUUUAAUAAUGUGAGGGUACGAGAGAUGAAGCUUUGCAAGUAUGCAAUAGCACCUCUAGCGCAGUAUCUGCUAGAUCCACAAACUAGAUCUCUGCCCGGUAAGCUUCUUGCUGCUCUUGCUCUUGGUGACCUCUCACAGCAUGAGGGACUAGCCAGAGCCAAAGAUUCUGCUUCUGCAUGUCGUGCAUUGGUAAGCUUGCUUGAAGAUCAAUCCACAGAUGAAAUGAAGAUGGUGACGAUUUGUGCAUUACAGAACUUUGUCAUGCACAGUAGAACCAACAGACGAGCUGUUGCAGAAACUGGUGGCAUAUUAGUUAUUCAAGAAUUGUUACUUUCUCCUAAUUUGGAGGUUGCUGGACAGGCAUCGCUACUCAUCAAAAUUUUAUUUUCAAACCACACUCUUCUAGAGUAUGUAUCAAACGAGCUUAUCCGGUCUUUAACAGCUGCUUUAGAGAGAGAAUUGUGGGCAACAGCAACUAUAAACGAGGAGGUUCUGAAGACCAUACAUGUUAUAUUCUCUAACUUCCCUAAACUGCAUGUUUCUGAAGCUGCUACUCUCUGUAUUCCCCAUUUACUAACAGCUCUGAAGUCUGGUAAAGAGGCUGCUCAGGAUUCUGUUCUAAACACAUUAUGCCUGUUGAAACGUUCAUGGACAGUUAUGCCAAUAGAUGUCUCCAAGUCUCAGUUGGUGAUUACAUCAGAAGCUAUUCCAAUCCUCCAAAUGCUCAUGAAGACCUGCCCCCCAGGCUUCCAUGAGAGAGCAGAUAGCUUGUUGCAUUGUUUACCAGGUUGUCUGACUGUUACUGUCAAGUGUGCUAACAAUUUAAAGCAGGUCAUUGGAGGCACAAAUGCUUUCUGUAGACUGAAAAUAGGCCAGGGUCCAUUCCACCAAACAAAGGUUGUGAGCCACAACACAUCUCCGGAAUGGAAAGAAGGGUUUACAUGGGCUUUUGAUGUGCCCCCAAAGGGGCAGAAGUUACACAUCCAAUGCCUGAGCAAAAAUACGUUCGGGAAGACGAGCCUGGGGGUAGUGACCAUCCAGAUCGACAAAGUUGUGAGUGAAGGAGUAUACAGUGGGGGUUUUAGCCUUAGGCAAGGGCAUGGCAGCAACAAGGAGGGUUCUUCAAGAACACUUGAAAUAGAGAUAACUUGGUCCAACAAUACGUCAUAUGAGAACAUGACCGAUCGGGUUCAAGUAUGAUGCACAGUUUUACAAAACUUGCAAAGGUGCUACUGCUACUGAUGCUCAUACUGCUUAAGGUUAAGGCUACUGCCAUUGCUGUGUGCAAUCUUGUAAGAAGAAAAGCAGGUAAGGUGGAGGCCAAGUUAGCAGGGAUUUUGGUGUACAGUGAGUGUGUAGAUGUAAAAUAGGUUUGUAUGUAUAGACAAACAUGGUGCCAAAAAGUUGGCUUACCAAUGUGCAAGUGGCAUCACUUGUAUGUACAAAGAAUACAAAACUUGGGAACUCAUAUUUUACACCUCUCCACUUAUUAUCUGAAAAGCAUUU